AUGUCGUUGUUUUCUAAGUCACUUUUUUUGCUAGCAUGGCUUCAACUAAUUCAUUCUGGUUUUUCCAGUUACGAAUUCCAUAGGGUAUCUAAACAACUCGUUCUAGAUAACCCAGAUGCUGUAUUACCCAAACUUCCAUUGGAUAUCAAACUAGAGGCUAUAUCUGGACUUGUGUUUUUCAUACUAGCUGAGUUUAUUGGUAAUUCUGUGUUGAGAUUCCUAACAAUUCGGGGCGAAGAAAGAAUUAUUGACACACACGAAUAUCUAAAACCAGUGUCCAUGAACAAAGCUUCCAAUAUCAAUUUGCUGCUCAAUAGCGACCCAUAUGGAGAAAUAAACUAUCAUCCUUCAUUUGUUGACAUUCAGGCGAAAAGGAAAGAAAUGAAGGAGUUUUUAGCUGCUAAAGGGUGA